AUGGCAUUUGGCCGAGGCGCGAAGAUGGACGGCAGGCGGCCCUCGUCGCCGUCCUCGUCGAUGUGCACGACGACCACCGUCGUCGUGUUUGUGGCGCUCUGCCUGGUGGGCGCCUGGAUGAUGACAUCCACCACCGUCUUCCCGGUAGAGCCUACUUCAAACAAGAAGUCGGAGCCGAUAGAGGUAUCAACAUCGAAUAAGAAGACGGAGGUCAAGGAUCAGCGCGCAGAAGUUGGCUUUGGUGAAACCGACGAGGCGGCGAAAUCCGGCAGUGUUAGCUCGGAGAAAUUCGAGGACACUGACAAUAAUGACAAUGUUCCAGAUGAGUCGCAUAGUAACAGGGAUGCUCCUGAGGAAGAGAAGUUCCCUGAGAACACAAUGGAGAAGCCUGUGGAGAUGGCUGAAGAAAAGGAACCACCAAAAGAGAAGGAAGACAGUAAGGAUUCCUUUGAUGAUGCAAAUGGAAAAUCAGAAGGACAGAGUGCUAAGGAGGGUGGGGAGACUGGGCAAUCUGGCGAUGAGGAGGAGAAGAGCACAACUGACAAUGAUGUUGAAAAAUCCGAUGGGGAGAAGAAGGAAGAUCAAGAAGGAAAGUCUGAGGACGAUGCAACUGAACAGCCUCAAAUCGAGGAGAAAGUGGAAGAAAGUGGAGAGAAGGAACCGGCUGCAAAAGCUAAUGAGGUAUUUCCUGAUGGAGCUCAGUCUGAACUUCUCAAGGAGUCGAAUACCGAGAAUGGGUCAUUCCCUACACAGGCUGCAGAGUCAAAGAAUGAGAAGGAAGCUCAAGCAGCAUCGAAAUCUUCAGGUGAUGAAAUCACCUAUAGCUGGAAAUUAUGUAAUAGCAGUGCCGUGACAGAUUACAUACCUUGCCUUGACAAUGAGAAGGCUAUCAAGAAACUUCAUUCUACCAAGCAUUAUGAACACCGUGAGAGGCAUUGCCCUGCGGAGCCUCCGACUUGCCUUGUUCCACUUCCGGAAGGAUAUAAGCGCCCCAUCGAGUGGCCCAAGAGCAGGGACAAGGUAUGGUACAGCAACGUCCCUCACACCAAGCUUGCAGAGUACAAGGGCCAUCAGAACUGGGUUAAAGUUUCUGGUGAUCAUCUUCUGUUUCCUGGGGGCGGGACUCAGUUCAAGAAUGGCGCACUCCACUACAUCGAUACUAUUCAGCAGGCUCUACCUGAUAUUGCAUGGGGUAAACGAAGCCGUGUGAUUCUAGAUGUUGGUUGUGGAGUUGCUAGCUUUGGUGGCUACAUGUUUGACAGAGAUGUGCUUACCAUGUCAUUUGCUCCAAAAGACGAGCAUGAAGCUCAAGUACAGUUUGCGCUCGAGAGGGGAAUUCCAGCAAUAUCAGCUGUAAUGGGCACCAAGAGACUUCCAUAUCCUAGCAGGGUUUUUGAUGUCAUUCACUGUGCUCGCUGCAGGGUCCCUUGGCACAUUGAAGGUGGCAAGCUUUUGCUGGAAUUGAACCGACUAUUACGUCCUGGUGGUUACUUCGUCUGGUCUGCCACUCCUGUUUACCAAAAGCUCCCUGAAGAUGUUGAAAUUUGGAAUGCCAUGUCUUCUCUGACAAAGUCCAUGUGCUGGAAAAUGGUUAAGAAAACAAAGGAUACAUUAAAUCAAGUUGGUAUGGCCAUAUAUCAGAAGCCAAUGGACAACAAUUGCUACGAGAAAAGAUCUGAAGACAGCCCACCGCUAUGCAAGGAAACGGACGAUGCAGAUGCUGCAUGGAAUGUACCUUUACAAGCGUGCAUACCCAAAUUGCCGAUUGGUCCAUCAGUAAGAGGAUCAAAAUGGCCAGAGAUGUGGCCUCAAAGGCUUGAGAAGACUCCCUUCUGGAUUGAUGGUUCUCGUGUUGGAGUUUAUGGAAAACCAGCGAAUGAAGACUUCGAGGCAGACUAUGCGCACUGGAAACGUGUUGUAAGUAAGUCGUAUGUGAAUGGCAUGGGGAUUGACUGGUCUAAAGUGAGAAAUGUCAUGGACAUGAGAGCCGUAUAUGGAGGUUUUGCUGCAGCACUGAGGGACCAAAAAGUCUGGGUUAUGAAUAUCGUGCCAAUCGAUUCACCUGACACACUGCCAAUUGUUUAUGAGCGUGGCUUGUUUGGAAUGUAUCAUGACUGGUGCGAAUCUUUCAGCACUUACCCGAGAACAUAUGAUCUCCUACAUGCAGACCAUCUGUUCUCAAAGCUCAAAAAGAGAUGUAAAUUGUUGGGAGUGUUUGCCGAGGUUGACCGGAUAUUGCGGCCAGAAGGCAAACUGAUCGUGAGGGACAACGCGGAGACAAUAAGCGAGCUCGAAGGCAUGGCGAAGUCCCUGCGGUGGGAGGUGCGCAUGACCUACGCCAAGGACAAGGAAGGGCUGCUCUGCGUCCAAAAGACCACGUGGCGGCCCAAGGAGAUCGAAGCAAGCAUGUAG